UUACAACUAACCAUGGCACUCAACGCAACAAUGCGAGCCGCAGCCUUAGUCGGCGCUUACAACAUCUCCAUCAUCGACAUGCCGAUACCCGUACUUCAGAAUUCAACAGAUGCCAUCGUUCGCAUCACUGCGUCAGCAAUUUGCGGCUCCGAUCUGCACUUCUACCAUCAGGGAAUGGGCUCUCCGGAACAGCCAAUGCCCAUUGGCCACGAGGCUAUUGGUUACAUCGACUCGGUCGGCGACGCUGUCCAAACUCUCCAAGUCGGCGACUACGUUGUUAUCCCAGACAACGUAGAUGAUGGCCACUUCACCUUCGGCCCUGAGCUACCCAUCUCAUUUGGCAGCGGUCAGCUUGGCGGUUGUCAAGCUGAAUACGUCCGAGUCCCAUUUGCAGACGACAGUCUGAUUCCUGUUCCGGUCAAUGCAAGUACAAAUGCGACAACCGCCAUGGACUAUCUUUUCGUGUCUGACAUCUUCGCAACUGGAUGGACGGUCCUCGACUUUGCCGGGUUUCAACCGGGCGAUACCGUAGCGGUCUUUGGCGCUGGUCCCGUUGGGCUUCUGGCUGCUUAUUCCGCUAUGCUCCGUGGCGCUUCGAAAGUAUACUCUGUCGAUCACGUCCAAGCUCGCCUUGAUGUUGCUGAGUCAAUCGGAGCCAUCCCAAUCAAUUUCAACCAAUCCGACCCUGUGGAGCAGAUUAUGGCUCUCGAACCAAACGGAGUUACUCGAAGCGUGGACUGCGUAGGGUACGAAGCUGUGAAUGCGCAGGGCGAGGUCGAGCUGGGCAUCGUUUUGCGCAACAUGAUGAACGUAACCAGCGACUAUGGAGGAAUUGGUGUUGUUGGAGUCUACCUUGGACAGGAAACAAUGACAAUGUCGAUGACGCAAUUCUGGAGCAAGGCGUUGACAAUGGGCAGCGGGAUUGUUCUGCCAUUACAGCAUGCCACUGAGCUGGUUCAGCUGAUCGCUAGCGGCAGAGCUUCUCCGAGUUUCAUUGUCAGCUCAACAAUUGGUAUUGAAGAGGUCCCAGAGUAUUAUCGCCGCUUCGAUCAACAUCUGGAGACGAAAGUCGUUAUUCAAUUUCCUUAGGGAUGCUAUAGAUAGAUAGGCUUCCUCGGCUCAUCUCCUCAACUCAAUCACCAGACGAAUAGACACUUUUUGUACGAUACUUGUUGCGCACUGCGCUCUGCGCUCUGCACUCUGCACCGACUUGAUACUGCCAGGGAACAGCUCUCAUCGAUGGAGCUUGAUCGAUAACGACAUGAAACGACGCUCACCAGUGCAGAAGAAUCGAGUCGACGGUGAUACUGAAUCCGACA